UCCAGAAUAGUGCUGAGAAUACUUACCAAAAUUGUUUCACAAAAGACAAACCAACGUUCGGUGGAUACAUUUCGCAGUGUUGGAUGGUUGAAUCUGGAGUGAAGGAUUAAACGAGCUCUUUCUUGUUUGUUGGUUUAUGCUGCUGUUUGUUGUAAUUUUGUUGAGAUAUCGAGGUUGUUCUAGCUUGCAGCUUGCUGUCAUACUUUGUUGAAAAUGAUGGUUCGUCGGCCUCUUCAGUCCAUUCCAGUACAUCAAACAAUGAUUAACCAAAUUAACAAAACUCCAGAGCUCUGUAAACCGAUGAAUGACAACGGACCACUGCGAAAGAGCAGUAAGCAGGGGAACUCCGUAGUUAGCACGGAAAAACGCCUGGGUUCGUCCAAGGAGAAAAGCACCGUUAAGAAAUUGCCUCCGACAGGCCAAAGUCGAUCUCGCAUUUCCGAUGCUACGACCGCGAGGAUUCCCUUCACCAUAUUUGAAGACAAUCCAUCGCCCAACCACCAACUGAAAGGGAAAAUCUCACAGGAGAUGAGCCAUUCUGGGCUCAAGAAUCGCGAUAAGUCGGCGCGGCAGCACCCUCCCAAAUCCACCAAGGUGGCUCCAUCUCCCGACAAGGAAAAUGUCUCAGCGUUGCAGAUAGCAGAGAAGGCGGCACAAGAGUGGAAGGAUCUGGCGGAAACACGUCGAAUGGCUUUGGAAGAAGCUCUGAAAGAGAAUAAGCAGCUGUACAAUAUCCUGGAAUCGUAUAAGCGGGAGAAUGAAGCCUUCCAAGACUUAGCAGAAAAAGCCAAGCUUCUGGAGGACUUAGUGGAAGAGCUUACGGAGCAAGAGCGCGUCGAAAUUAGGCACAUUGGUACACAAACCGAUUUGGGUAUGGGAAUUCCAAAUUGACGCCAAUUGGUUCUGUGAUGUACCGCCUCCAGCUCAGCAGUUCCAAACGGGAGCAGCGGCAAUGUUGCCAUCGGGAUUGUUGCUAACUUUGCAUGUUUGCAAAUGUUGAACGUCCUUUGAUAUUGUUUUGUUCUUCGUCUUUCGCCCACUGAGGCCUUGCGGUUUGUAGCGGUUGAUCUGACGUAACCAAUGGAACUGUCACCAACUUUGCGGAAUAAUCGCCGAAUAGUACGGUCCCCAGACACCGGGUACAAACAAUGGCCGAUCACUGCUGAUCAUGAAACAGGUUGAAGUUCCACAAAUCAAAGAAAGUCUCGACAACGGAGUGUGGUUUUCAGAGCCAGUAUAAGUCGGAGAUGAGCAAAAGGACAAUGCCAAAGCGCCAGCGUGCGCAUCGAUUAUACCCACUGCCACCGGUGUGUUUUCAGGCAAGUUCAUUUCAUUGGCCGCACGCUUGCUGAGGCCAUUGCCGACCCUUUCCCCCGGAUUCCUUACAUUUAUCCCAAUUUUUUCAAAAUUAUUCUGACACAGAUCUUCAAGGCCAAUCUGCGUAAAUAUCGAUGGAUCCCACUGUUGCUGAGUGGGUUGCUCCGGGUUAAUUUGAUACAGCCAUUUACAGACCACGGAACAAACACUGCGGUAGUCACUGUUCGUGGCUUUCCAUGUCAAGAAAUCACACAGGUCCAUGAAUUUUUCGGCGCUCUGGUAAACAUUUGGUAGGUAUUUCUUGAUCCACAAAAUUUUUGGCAGUUCCAUUUCCACAGAGACUUUCCCACCGACAAAUUUAAGAGCUAUGUGGUCCUGCAACGCUUCAUUGAUGAAAUCCGUUUCCGAUCUGCAUAGGACCAUAGAUUUCCAGCGAAACCAGUGGCUGAAACAUCGGUAGGGAUGACAGAGAUUGGUUUUCCUGCAUUGGAGUCAACAACCACGAGACUGCAUGUGGCGUCAAAUCCGAUUCCCUUAACUAAAUGCGCGUCCACUUUCGAUGUCACAGAGCGCACACAUCGGCAUACAGCAUUCCAGAUCUGUCCAGAACUUUGGGAAAUUGUUUCGCAGUGAAUAUAAUCCGGCUCGGACGCUUGCCGAUCCCACAUCAACACCGAUGAAAUAUUCCUUCGACAUAUUUUUAUUGUUGCUGCCAAGCAGGCGUCUUGUCCAGCUAACGAAAUUCUUAUGCAAAAUACGUACUCAGUCUCUAUCUCAGUCCCGCAUAGCACUGUAUUAAAUCUAUCCGAUGCAGUUAAAAGUGUGUCAACUGCAUACUAACGAGUAUUAAGUAUAUCUAUAUAUGGUAAAGGUUACAGGAGGGUAUAUCACAGAGAAACUGCUUAUGGUUGGACUUCAUGAACCUUUUUCCUGUAAAAUCGUAAAAUAUUGCCAUAAUCGUCUAAUCGUAAAACUAUGUCCUAAUGCACUGUACCGUCAGAAACACAGGUCCGCAACAUAAAGAUUAGAGAGACUGAAAUAUCUAUAUAUUAUGACUUGUGUACAAUUCUCACAGUAGUAGGCAUUUUUCGCAACUGUCAGUGCUGCCUCAAGGAUACAAUGCAGUGGUGUACGACCACAGUCUG